AUGUUUCACAAGGCGAUCUUUCUUUCCGUAGCCUUCUUGGCUGCUUUCGGCUUCGCCCAGGAGCUUUCAACCUCCAUCGUCAAGGCAUCACCCUCUUCUCUCGAUCCUCACUCCCCCAUCAGCACUCCCAGUGCUCAUGUCAACGUCGACAAGCGUCAGGCCUCCGGUACCGGUAGCCUCUACGAUGUCACCCCUCACCCUUUCUUCUCGUCCUCCAUUGGUGUUCUUGGUUGCAAGAUCAACACCAACCGCGUCGCGUACUGGAAGGAGGAAGUAGAUUGCGACAACAUUUGUGUCAAGCUCACCAACACCACGAACGGCCGUACCGUCACUCUUCUCCGCAUCGACCACUCCGGCGGUGCCCACGAUAUCUCAUACGACGCGUGGAACUACCUCGCCACUGGAAAUCCCGCGGCCCCUGGCACCGCCAUCGCCGGAGGCGCCAUGGGCAAGCUUGACUACCAGUACAUCCCCGCUGAUAACAGCAAGUCUUUGAUCAUGGACGGUUCCGGAAAGCUUCCCCUUCAGGGCGCAAACUCCAUGAACUUCCUCUCGUCUUGCCUCAGUCGCAACACCUGGGUCGGCAAGAACUACCAGCUUUGGAACAUCAACGAUUCCUUGUGCCACAAGGGUUAUGACGAGAAGUGCACCUUGGCUCCGGGUGCCAACCAGGCCACUUGCCCGCAUGCCUUGGGCAGCGGUGUCAACGUUGAGAUUACCAACCCGACCGAUCAUAAGGUCAUGAACAUCGAGUAUCCGACUGAAAAGCCGAUUCCUGCUGUCGGCUAG